AUGUUGACUGAUCUGUCUGCAUUUACAAAUCAAUAUGAGUUUACGACAACACAAGAUUGGUUUACCCAUAAUAUUCCAUCCUGGAAAAGCCUCUUCGCAUUCAUUACCUCGCCUAAGCCACAUAUCUUAGAGAUUGGGUCCUGGGAAGGGAGCUCUGCAGUGUUUUUGCUUACCACACUCUGUGCUCAAGGCGGUGAGAUAGUCUGUAUCAACCAUUUUGACCUCAUGUGCACUCCCAUGGGACGUGAACACCACCGCAAGCUCUCGCAGAACCUUCCACAGACAGGUUGUUCAUUUCGCAUACUCCCACAGUACAGCGUCCCCACACUAUAUGCACUCCUGGAAGAGGAGAUAGCAUGGGACACGAGCACUGGAUUUGAUUGGGUGUAUGUGGACGGAUUGCACUGCACAGAUGAUACACUCCUAGAUGCAGAACUUGCAUAG